CCAGAGGUCACAGAAUUUUAUCAUCUGUUGACUGAAAGGAUCGAUAAAACGAAGAUAAUAAAAAAUACAUAACCCACUACAAAUGUUUCUCACCGGCCCGUCUAUUAUUCGUAUAACUGCAUCGUCAAGGCGAGCGGCCGGUCGAGCGCUACACACUUCGCAAUUAGCCAUGGCACCCAUUAAGGUUGGUGAUAACUUGCCGGUGGGCGAUCUUUUCGAAGAUUCUCCUGCAAAUAAAGUGAACGUGUGUGACUUGACGGCGGGGAAGACGGUGGUGUUGUUCGCGGUGCCUGGCGCGUUCACACCGGGCUGCUCGAAGACGCACUUGCCGGGCUACGUGGAGAAUGCCGACAAGAUGAAGGCCGAUGGAGUCAACGAGAUCGUGUGCGUGUCCGUCAACGACCCCUACGUGAUGGCCGCCUGGGGGGCCCAGCACAACACCAAGGGAAAGAUCCGCAUGUUGGCUGAUCCUACAGGCACCUUCAUCAAGGCUUUGGACCUCGGCAUCAAUCUGCCCCCUCUCGGAGGAUACCGCUCCAAGCGGUUCUCCAUGGUCAUAAAGGACAGCAAGGUCGAUAAACUGAACGUGGAACCAGACGGCACCGGCCUCUCAUGCUCCCUAGCUGACAAACUCAAGAUUAAGUAAAAUUACACCAUCAAGGUCCAUUCCACGCAAUUUUUGUCAAUUUAGGACGUAAUUUACACUUGUCUGUUGUAUAUCCCUAAGUGUGGUCCUAGCAUUUAAGUGUGCAGAGAGCCUAUUUCGAGAAUCGAGACUGCUUCUGAUGUAUCUGCGUGAAUCUUGUUAAAGGAAUGGCCUUUAUAUCUCAUUUCGUAGUUUUACGCGCCAUCCUGUAUGUCCAGUCACAGUGUUUUAUCGAUCCAAGCCAAUAACUUAUACUUUUUGUGUAUUUUAUUUCAAAAUUUAACAGUUAUUCUUCAUGUUUUUUAAGCUUAUAUUUUCUCAUUUUAUAUUGAUAUUUAUAAGUUAUAUAACUUUUUAGAUACAUUUAUUUUUAAUAUAUUUUAGAUUUUGUUAUGUUGGAUGGUUUUCGAUUCACAAAGUCGAUGGCAGCUCGAUGUAUGCGCAGAGCUAAUGUUUGACUGAUUGGCAUACAAGAGGCUGUGUAAAGCGCAUAUUUUUUCUUCGAAUUUGUAGAGUUAAGAUCCCUUUUCGUAAUUUGUGAUCGAACACACCUAGCUUUAUGCAGCUCCUAGACUGUGCGAGCACUCCCUUGUGAUAUUGAAAACAAAUCAAUUUAUAUAAAUAGAUUAUAGUUA